UGUAAUUUUCUGCAAAACGAACACGCCAAUUGGGUGAGAGCCUUCCACUGCUGGAGUCGCAACUCUUCUCCUCGAGCCUCCUCGUGAGCUUUCUCGGCUCUUCCCUGCGAUUCUUGUCGCGACAUUCACUGAUUUACCCCGUUUCUUCUUCUGGGUUUCAGAUAACGGAGUCCAUAGUCCAUGCAGUUUGAGUUGUAGUAAAUAAUAGUCACAUGCUGCAACUGCUUUGUUUAAAGGCAGAUAACAACGUUUCUAGCAGUCUAUAUCUUCACUGAUACACAAAACGAUGAGGAUUAUUGCACUUGCCAGAUCUUUUCGAAUCCAUUCUACCCUCCCUAAAAUAACCGGGCCCUUGCAACUUCGUGCAUUCCAGCCUGAUUUUGUCCCCAGGGAUCCCAAUGCCAAGCUAAAAAGGUACAAAUAUCCUCCAUUCUAUGAUCCAUAUGGCCCUAGACCCCCACCCUCGGAUAAAAUUAUUCAGCUUGCUGAGCGAAUUGUAGCACUGUCCCCUGAAGAACGUUGUCAAAUUGGUCCUGCUCUCUCACACAAGCUAAAGCAUCCAAAACUGCAGCCAGUAUCCGUAGAAGGCAUGGACUUGGGAACACAAGGGGGGCCAGCUGCUGGUUCAAAGGCUGAAGAGAAGAAAGCAGAGAAGACAGCCUUUGAUGUGAAGUUGGAGAAGUUUGACACUGCUGCAAAAAUCAAGGUGAUUAAAGAAGUAAGGGCUUUUACCAAUCUGGGACUGAAGGAAGCUAAAGAGCUGGUUGAGAAGGCACCUGUUUUGCUUAAACAAGGAAUUACCAAAGAAGAAGCAAAUGACAUGAUAGAGAAGAUAAAGGCUGCUGGCGGAGUUGCAAUUAUGGAGUAAAAAUUUUUCGGCAAUGGUUUUAUAUCCUUGGUUUUGUUGUAGCUGGUUUUAUGGUAUCAGGAAAAUCUCAAAUUUCAAAUUAUGAAAAUUUUGUAAUGUGGCUGGUUGGUGGAUGUUCAUUUUUCAUGGCGAAAAGAUAGAAGGAAUUAAUUAUAUUUUGAGCUUUCAUGGUUGCAAAGUCGUCAAUAAUACUCUUUCAUUCAUAUGGACA